AUGAACGAACCGAUUUUGUCUAAAGCUAGCUUUGUUCAUUCAUUCACUUGCAAAAUUGAUGAGAGAUACAAAAUCUUCCAUAAACUUGGAGACGGGUCAUAUGGCCGUGUCUUUUUAGCCCAACACAAUGAGACUAAUCAAGUAAGAGCAAUCAAAGAUAUUCCAAAAAGGCGUCUAAAAAGCAGAGAAAGACUCGAUAAUGAAAUCAAAGUUUUAUCAUACGCUGAUCACCCAAAUAUAUGCAGGAUCUUUGAGUUUAUUGAAGAUGAGUCAGAUAUUUAUUUAGUUCUUGAGCAUUGCAAAGGCGGUGAACUCUUUGACUUCAUUCUCAAAAAAGGCCGCCUCAGUGAAUUAGAAGCUGCUAUAUUAUUUCGGCAAUUAUUACUUGCUAUCAAUUAUUUAUACUCUAUAAAUGUAUUUCCCUCUAUAGAGAUAAAUAAUAAUAUCUUAUUUCAUAUAUUAAGAAAGACAAAAUGUUGUAUAUACAACUGGCGAAAUCUAUAUGGUCUUGAUUACACUCUAAUGGGGUAUGCCAUCGAGAUAUCAAGCCAGAAAAUCUGAUGUUUUCUGAAGCCGAUUUCAAUUCGUCUCUCAAAUUAAUUGACUUUGGACUUGCAAAGUUCGUAGAUAACCCUUCAGGACUGAUGUUCACUCGUGCAGGGACUCCUUUUUAUAUUUCACCAGAAAUCCUUAAAGGAUCUUACUCAAUGAGUACUGAUAACUGGAGCGCAGGAGUGAUCCUUUAUGUAAUGCUCUGUGGAUAUCCUCCGUUUUACUCAAAAUCAGAUAAUGAGAUUUUUCGGCUGGUUUUAAAUGGAAAUUAUAGUUUUCGUGGGAAAGAAUGGACAGAUGUUUCUCCUCUAGCUAAAGAUCUAAUAAGGCACUUGCUUGUAGUUGACCCAAGUCUUAGGCUUACAGCUGAGCAAGCAUUGAAGCACGAAUGGCUUUCCGGACUUACUUUGACGGAUACACCUCUAGAGAUUAAUAUUAAUUCUUUAAGGAGUUUUAAUAUUUCAAGAAAAUUCAGAAAAGCAAUUUUAUUAUGUGUGGCUUCUCAGUGCAAUGAAUGUGAUAUCUCAAAUUUAAGAACGCAUUUCAUGAGAAUUGAUAGGAAUGGUAAAGGAAGCAUCACUUAUGAUGAGCUACACCAAGUUUUGCAGCAAUACUCAGCAGCUCUAGGUGAUGAAAUAGGGAGCAUUAUUGCUAGUAUGGAUGUAAAUAGAAAUGGAAUCAUUGAUUAUACUGAAUUUCUAGCAGCCUCAUUAGACAAAAGCAUUUAUAUGCAGCAAGAACGUCUUAUAACCGCAUUUAAAGUGUUUGAUAAAAACAAUAAUGGAUUAAUAUCUAUAGAUGAUUUAAAAGAAUUGCUAGGGAAAGAAGAUCUGCAAGAUAACGAGUAUUGGGAAGAGAUUAUAAGAGAUGCCGAUGCGAAUGGAGAUGGAGUUGUAGAUUUUAAUGAUUUUAUUGCAGCAAUUGAUUUACGGCUUUCAUCUCAAUAUUCUUAUAUUCUUUAAUAUAUUACAGAAUAGCUUUUAGCUCGCUCUCGGCUACCAAUUUUCGGUCCAAUCGUUGGAGUUGGCUCGGAACCAACUCUAGGAAUCAGACCUAAAGCUUGCAGCCCACAGUGAGUUAAAGGCGGUCCUGGGUUA